AUGUCGGCCCUCAAGAAACGCCUCAGUAAAUUGAUACCGGAUCGCAUCGGGAAAAGUAAUAGCAAUAGCAACAAUUCGAGCAACGAAAAUGUUCCACAGCUUGCAGAUGGAGUUGAAGGUUCCUCUGGAUCCAAUGGACCUUUAUCAAGCACUCCUCAAAACAAUGGUGCUCAAACGCCAGAACGAUCAAACUCCCGACGAGUGAGUCGAGAGGUUCUUGAGCAGAAUAAGGCGAGAAGAAGCAUGGAUAAGGAACGUGUAAAGGCCGAGAAUAAGAAGAAGCAAUCUCUGGCAAGAAUAGAAGACGAGAAGUUCUUAAAAGAAGGCCCGCCAGCUCUUACACAACUUUAUCGACCAUACAGUAUGAUUCAAAGUAAACAUUGGAGACAUGAGGAGAGAGCUUUAUUCAAGAACAUCAAUUGGGCUGAAAUGGAUGGACAAAUCAUUAGUUUCAGAGCUCGAAUGCAUACUUUGCGAAGAAUGUCUGCCAAAUUGGUAUUUAUCGUUUUUCGCCAACAGACUAUGACAAUUCAGGGAGUUUUGCAAAGCUUCAAACCUGAAGAAGAACAAAAUGAACAUGGUACAAUCUCCGAACAGAUGGUUAGAACUGUCGAACAUUACCCCGCCGAAACGAUCGUCGUUGCUCAUGCCAAAAUCCGAAAAUCCCUCCAAACUGUUAAGAAUGCUACAGUUCAUGAUUACGAAUUGCAAGUUUACGAAAUCCACAGAGUAGUCCCAUUGACCGAAAAUGUACCAUUCACAGUCUACGAUGCAGAAAACAUCAACAGAGAAAAGGAAGUUGACAUGGAUGAUGAUUCUGGAGAUGAUUCGGUUGCAGCAAGUCAGCCAAUGUCGCCAAUUUCAACAGACACACCAAGAGGUCCUCCUUCUCGUGCUUCUACUGAUCUUGCACGUAAUGCUUUUGCAAAAUUGGAUGAGAAGAAUUUGGAGAGCAGAACUUCCAUGGAUACCGGUCAUCACCAAAAACGAUCCCUCCCACAAAGAGUGAGAUUGAACAACAGAAUUAUCGAUUUGCGAACAACUCCAGCACAGGCAAUCUUCCGUAUCCAAUCUGGAAUUUGCAACCUUUUCCGAUCAUAUCUCGACACCCAAGGCUUCAUUGAAAUCCAUACACCAAAACUACAAGGAGGUGCUACUGAAUCUGGUGCAACCGUCUUCGAGCUCAAUUAUUUUGGAAGACCUGCUUUCUUGGCUCAAUCCCCACAAUUGGCUAAGCAAAUGUGUAUCGCAGCUGAUUUCGAGAGAGUCUAUGAAAUUGGUGCGGUUUUCCGUGCCGAAGAUAGUAACACACCACGUCAUUUGACCGAGUAUACUGGAUUGGAUCUCGAGAUGGCUUUGGAAGAACAUUAUCAUGAGGCCUUGACUCUUAUUGAUGGUAUGUUCAAGAACCUCUGGAAAGGAAUUUACGACCGAUAUCAAAAAGAAAUUGAUCUCAUUGACCAAUUUUAUCCACAUACCAAGGUCGAAUGGCUGGACGAGACUCCCAGAAUCCCAUUCUCUGUCGGUGUUAAGAUGUUGGUAGAUUCGGGCUGGGUUGAAGAAGAUGGAAGUAUACCAUCCGAAACCGAGGAUCUCUCUACUCGAGCUGAGAUUCGAUUGGGUGCGUUGGUUAAGGAAAAGUAUCACACUGAUUACUAUAUCCUCGACAAAUUCCCUGCUUCUGUUCGACCAUUUUACACCAUGCCUGAUCCAGAAGAUGACCGAUUCACUAACUCUUUCGAUAUUUUCAUGCGUGGUCAAGAAAUUUUGACUGGUGGUCAACGUAUUCACGAUGCUGAGUUUUUGGAAAAGCGUAUGAAGCAAAAGGGUGUCAAGCCAGAAAGUAUGUCUGAAUAUCUUGAAGGUUUCAGAUGGGGAGCACCACCUCACGCAGGUUGUGGUAUUGGUCUUGAGCGUCUUACAUACCUUUUUCUCAGUCUUGGCAAUAUUCGACUUGCAUCUCUAUUCCCAAGAGAUCCCAAAUCCCUUCCAGCUGUACCUCCUACUCUGGUCCUUCGUCACGAGGAUGCAUCAACACUCCACCCGAUAUGGGAACAAGAAGGAAAGGAAUUCACACCCGAAUUACUUCCACCUCUGGAGAAGUUAAUUGCCAAUUAUGGUGAUGCAGCCAAUACCUCUUGGUUAGACAAGCGCUAUCACGUAUGGAGACAUUCGACUACUGGUGCAGCACAAGGUUAUGUCAUCCAUAACUCGUAUGCCAUUAUUGUUGGAGAGCCUCUUUGCGACAAAUCUCAAACACCAGCCAUCGUUUCUGCCUUCCUCAAUUACUUGACUACCGAACAUAAGAAUCUGAAGCCAAUUUGGAUGAUUAUCGGUUCUCGUACCGAAGAAUAUCUUGGUGAAAAGUUCGGUUGGCGUACUUUGUCUCCGGCAGCCGAAGAACGUGCUGAUCCUCGAAAUAACCCCGCGGCUAAGGAUAAUGACUUGGCACGCAAAGUUCGUCAUGCUGAAAAGGAGGGUAUCAAACUUCAAACUCUUCCAUUCAAUGAACCAGUUCCAGAUGACUUCAAAGAGAAGGUAAACGCACGAGUUCAAGAUUGGCACAAGAACAGGAAGGGUACCCAAGUUCACCUUACAGAAAUUAGACCUUGGGUUGAUGAGGCUCAUCGUAAAUACUUUUACGCUCAAGGUCCCGAUGGAACUAUUCACGCCAUUAAUGUUCUUCAUCAACUCAGUCCUGAAAAUGGAUACCAAGUCAAAUUCUCCCUCGAAUUCCCAGGUGCUCCAUCUGGUACUGUAGAAUCUCUUCUACUUUACUCAAUGAAACAAUUGAGUGCAGCAGAACCAGAUGUCAAACGUAUCACUUUUGGUACUGGUGCUCAACCACAUAUUGAAGGUGGAAGAAACUUGGGCAAACAUAGAAUUAAGGCGUUGAAGAAGGCUUAUGAGACAAUUGUUAAGCAGGCAAGAUUAUUGGGCAAGAGUGAGUUCAGAGAGAAGAUGGGUACAUGGAAUGAUGGAAUUUAUGUUGCAUAUCCUAAGGGUGGUUUGGGUGCCGGUGGUAUUAGGGCUUUGAUGGGUUUCCUUGAGGAAGAUGGUUAG